CAAGGUUCAGUGUGGAUCUUAGCGUGGAGUGUUUAUUACAAAAUGUCUGUGUGCUGCUGUCAAAUACAACUGAAGAAAAGGAUUACACCAAUAUCCUGGCUUUCCUGGGUUCUGUGGUGCAGUGUGAUGCUGUCUCCUGCUUGGGGGUAUGUGAUAGUUAACUCGGUUUCGUGGUCAGUUACCAAUGAGGUGGAGGAAGAACUGGAUAGCUCCUCAAACGAGGAGGCUCUCCCUGCGCUUCUGGAAGACACGACUAGCAUCUGGAAGCAGAGCUACCCAGCCUCUGUUUACAAGGAAGACGGGGAAAUGAGGUCAAGGCCAGUGGCUGGGAGAUCCAAGCAAAUCUCUUCUCCUUCUAGGAUGUUUUCCUAUAGGAGAGAGAGUGUCAAAGGAACAGACAGCAUUACUCCUCAGGAGCAGGCAAUCAGAACUGCCCGUUUCCUGACCCAUUAUAACAGCUGGGGCUUCUUGGCUACCGAGUCCGCCCAGGAAAAGAUCCAAGGUGUACCAUUUGGGAAUUGUUUACUAGUCAGUGAUGGGCCCAUCAAUAACAGCACUGGAAUACCUUUCUUUUAUGUGACUCCAAAGGACAACACUGUGACAGAUCUCAUGAAGAACUCUGUGGCUUCGCUGACAUUCCCAGAGGCAGAAGGAGAAUUCUGCAGAAAAAAUAUAAUUGAUCCUGAGGAUCCACGGUGUGCCAGACUGACUCUCACAGGACAGAUGGUCAUAGUACCACCAGAGGAAAUGGAAUUUGCCAAACAAGCAACGUUUUCUAGGCACCCAGUUAUGAGGAAGUGGCCUCGUAACUACGAAUGGUUCUUUAUGAAAAUGAACAUUGAGCACAUCUGGCUUCAGAACUGGUAUGGAGGAGUUUCCACCAUUGCAGUGGAGGAGUAUUUCAAAGCAGUUCCAAGUAAAGAGUGAUUGGGUUUGAAAUAUAAAUCUUCAGUUUUCAUAUUUGCUUUCCAAAAACUUUUCCCAACACCAUGUUUUUGGAUGGGUAUUUUACAGUGAUUUUUUUCAAAAGCAUUCAGAAUGGCCUCAUCUUGUUUACUUGGAUCAAAUGCUAAUAAACCAAUAUGGAUCUUUAUAUUAAAAAUGAUAUGUGGAUGGUAAAUCCUACACUGGAACACACAAUCUUGGCAUUUCGGAUAGGAUUUAUACUUCCUGAAUGCUACUUAAAAAUGUUUUGAUUUUAGUGUCAUCCACCCAUGUGACACUUAUAUGCUAAAUAUGACAUUCUCUACAGAAAAACUAAUUACCCAUAAAUGACUGCUGUAUAUUGUGGAAGUAUUAUUGCUACUUGGUAUCUUGUUUUGUAGGUGUUCUAAGCAAAUAUCUCUAGCUGCAACUAUAAAAAGAUGUUUUAAGUUUGUGUUUAAUACUUUUAAUGAAGAGAUCUUAUUUUGGAAUUUACAUUUUAGUCAGUCACACCCUUUUCCAAAUUAUCCAGUUAAAUAUUUUGCUUGGCAAUUGAGGAGAAGGAGUGGUGGACCUUGUUGGCUAUUGCAGUGGCAAAGUACGAGCAGCUCAAACAAAAUAAAUUCAGUACACAAUGUCUUUUACCAGCACAAGGAUGAUUAAACAUGUUAAAGGGUCAAACAAGAAAUCAGACCCACCACAGGAUAAUCCCAAUGCACUUAACAUUCUUU